AUGUCUGACGAGAAAGUUGUCCAUGCGGACAAAGUUCUUGACCAUGAGGUCCUCGGGGACAAGGGCAAUCUAUCUCACGAGGAAGCCAUGCACUUUGGAGAGCUCACUCCAGAGGAGAAAGAGCUUGAGAAAAAGCUUGUGCGCAAGAUUGACAUUAGAAUCAUGCCACUUAUGGUGACGGUAUACCUCAUGAAUUACAUUGAUCGCAACAACUAUGCUGCCGCUCGUUUGCAAGGUCUUGAAGAGGAUUUGGGAUUGGUUGGAGAUCAAUAUCAACUUGGUCUUUCGAUUCUAUUCGUCUCAUACAUCCUUGCUCAAAUUCCAUCAAACAUGUUGAUGAACCAUAUCGGCCGACCCUCGCUCUAUCUUGGAUUUUUUACUUGUGCAUGGGGCCUCGUAUCCGCUCUCACCUGUCUGGUUACAAACUUUUCAGGCAUAGUGGCUUGUCGCUUUAUGCUGGGUAUUGUCGAGGCACCCUUCUUUCCCGGCGUGCUUUUCUACCUCUCCAAGUGGUAUUCCAAGAAAGAGCUGAACUUGAGAAUGUCCAUAUUCUAUGCUGGUUCUCUUGUGAGUGGCGCCUUUGGAAAUCUGAUUGCUGCGGGUAUCUUGAGUGGCCUCGCAGGAAAGCGUGGUAUCUCUGCUUGGCAGUGGCUUUACAUUAUUGAGGGCGUCGUGACCAUUGCUAUUGGUAUAGCAUUGGCACUCAUUCUCCCCGACUUUCCUAACACCUGGAAGGCUCUAUCUCCAGAAAUGAAGCGCGUGGCCAACCGUCGACUAGCCAUCGAGGCAGCUGAGGCUGAUGUUGACGAGGCCGGCGCCAUGUCUCAAGUCCGAGGACUUAAACUUGCACUAACCGAUUCUAAGACCUAUAUACUAGCUAUUGCCUACAUGUCAAUUGUCGGUGCGGCUGGGUUUCAAAACUUCUUCCCGACGUUAACGGCGACUCUCGGCUACAACAGAACCAUCUCUCUACUCCUCUGCGCCCCUCCUUAUAUCUUUAUGGUCUUUUACUCGAUGCUCCACUCAAUCCUAUCAGAUAGGUGGGGCAAUCGAUUCUGGUUCUAUAUGUAUCCCAUUCCCAUCACCAUCGUCGGAUGGGUCAUCUUCAUGACCACCAAUUCCUUUGGACCGAGAUACUUUUCUCUAUUCCUCAUGAAUUUCAUCUUUGCCAUGAAUGGAACAUGUUAUGCAUGGAUUGCAGGGGCUAUACCACGACCACCCGCCAAGCGUGCUGCGGCAUACGCAUUCAUCAAUUCAAUCGGAAACUCUGCCAGUAUCUGGACUCCAUUUACCUAUCGUACACAAGAUAGGCCUCACUAUCAUCUUGCAUUGGGAAUCUGUAUUGGCCUGCAGGUGGUCAGUGCAGCGAUGGGCCUUCUUCUUCGAAUCAAGUUAGAACGACAGAAUGCACGGUUGGCGAGGAUGGAGAACGAGGAUGCCGAGAUCACUGGACGUGACUUGAAGAAGCUUCAAAGAACCGCUGAGAUCGAAGGUAUCGACCUUGCUGCCGCCAGGAGAUUGCAAAAGGGCUAUAGGUAUAUGAUCUAG